UGAUCUUAUCUAAUCUAAUCCGCUUCCUCUUCUUUAAUCUUCAUUCUUCAUUUUCCCUCAAACAAUUCAAUAACAACUUGAAAACGGAUUAAGUUAGAAAACGGAAAGGGAGGUCCCUUUGGUCGAUUCAGUGACCAGAGGAAGGCCAAAAUCAAUCUCUUUCCAGGAAUAAAGUUUAACUUUGUUAUAAAAUGAUCCAACCUCAUCUCCAAAUAUGACGCUUUCAAGAGGUUGUUUUGGAUGCUUCGAGCCAUCUAAGAGUGUAAUGAUUCAAGACUGGAGAGGGAGGAGCUUUUCUGAAGAUUUAUGGAGUAGCAGCACAUGUGAAAUCGAACAUGGUGCACUUGGGUCCCAAAGAAGCAUUUCGUCAAUCAGCAUACUGAGUCAUUCCCUUGACCUUUCUGGCAGCACUAGCCAUCCUUCUGAAUUUGUAAAUCAUGGCCUUCAUCUCUGGAACCAAACAAGGCAACAAUGGCUUGGAAAUAAAAAGUGUGAGAAGCAUGUACAAUGUCGAGAAUCCCCGUUAAGUUGCAGUUGCAAUUGGAAUGUACUCUAUCAUAGUUUACAUGCGAAUACUAAGCCAUUCUCUCAUCCAGUUCCCCUGUCUGUAAGCUUACGCUGCCAACCGAAUGGUUUCGGAUUAAAAACCAUGAUUCAUCCUUGUAUAGUUACUCCAAUUCUUGUUUGGGCUCACUGGCAGGAAUUGGUGGAUUUCCUAGACGAGGUUUGGGAGCAAGAGGGCUUAUAUGACUGAGCAGGAUGAUGCUAAAUUAAAGCUAGAAAACACGGGAAUAUGUCGAGAUUGUCGAUUGCACCAUCCUCUUCUCUGUUGGAUCCUUCGUCUGUAUAUCAAUGUAUUGUAGUUUACAAAUCCUUUGGAUUGAAAAUGCAACAUUAAUUAUCCAAAA